GAAAAGUUUUGCACCAAACGAACACUCUCGCAAGCGGAAAUUAACCACCGACUUCAGACGGUGACCAAAGUUGCGCGGAAGGCACAGGCUGGAUUACUCGUUGCACCCCAAAACACCUGGUUCCCUUGCCCGCUUCUACUCUCUGGAAGAUUGCCUCGGCUCAUGGCAGGGGACGUAGGUGUCGGGGAAGAUUGGAGUCAUUUAAACAAGCGAAGGCAACGCUCGAGGAAAGAAAAGAUUGAGCGCGAUUUGAAGUGGAUGUGGACGCUGCAGGCUGCCGCCAGA